CUUCCACGAACAUCUGCCAUUUUGAAAAUUUUACAAACUUCAGCAAGCACACGUGCCCGGCAAGGGAAAUCCAAACUUUUACUUGAUAUACAAAACUUUUAAAAAAAAUGUCCGUUGUUGGAUUUGAUGUUGGUAAUCAGUCUUGUUUUAUUGCUGUUGCGAAAGGAGGAGGAAUCGAGACAAUAGCCAAUGAAUACAGCGAUAGACGUACACCUUCAUAUGUUUCAUUUGGCGAUAAACAGCGCUAUAUAGGAGUCUCGGCCAAGAAUCAGGAGAGAACUAACGUAAAGAACACUGUCAGUCAGUUCAAGCGGUUGAUUGGAAAACAGUUUUCUGAUCCUGAAGUCCAAAAUGAAUUUCACACUCGCAUGAUUCCUCAUGAAGUGUGUGAACUUCCAGAUGGAAAAAUUGGAGUCAAGGUCCAAUAUCUUAAGCAAGAAGGUGUUUUUACUCCAAAACAAGUUAUGGCAAUGCUGCUAACUUAUUUAAAAACUACUGCUGAGUCAGCUCUAUCAACCAAAGUGGCAGACUGUGUGAUCUCGGUUCCAUGUUUUUAUACUGAUCAACAAAGAAGAGCAAUGUUAGAUGCUGCAUCUAUUGCUAGUUUGAAUUGUCUGAGGCUAAUGAACGAAACAACUGCAGUUGCAUUAGCUUAUGGAAUUUAUAAGCAAGAUCUCCCUGAAGAAAGUGCAAAAUCAAGAAAUGUUGCCUUUAUUGAUUUUGGUCAUUCUUCACUCCAAACAUCAAUUGCAGCUUUCAAUAAAGGAAAACUGAAGAUUUUGACAACAGCUUCAGAUUCUAGUCUUGGUGGUCGAGAUUUUGAUGCAAAACUUGUUGAAUAUUUCUGUGAUGAUUUUCAGAGUCGAUAUAAGAUCAGUGUGAAGCAAAAUAAAAAAGCUUAUCUUCGACUUGAAGCAGAAUGUGAGAUUGAAAAGGUUAUGAGUUCCAAUGCAGUUGAAAUCCCUAUGGCUAUUGAUAAUUACAUUGAAGACAAAGAUGUUACUGGUAGAAUGAAGAGAGAAAAUUUUGAAGAAAUGUGCUCAGAGUUACUGAUUAGAGUUGAGAAUUGUUUGAAGCAGCUCCUUGAAAGAUCAGGAUUGAAGAAAGAAGAUAUUGAUGCUGUGGAAAUUGUUGGAGGAUCAACUCGCAUUCCUGCUGUAAAAAAUAUCAUUCGCAAAGUGUUUUGUAAAGAAAUCAGUACAACAUUGAACACUGAUGAAGCAGUUGCCAGAGGAUGCUCUUUACAGUGUGCCAUGUUAUCCCCAGCUUUUCGUGUUCGAGACUUUAAUGUGCAAGAUGUGACGUCAUAUCCUUUGAACCUUACCUGGGACUCUGUUGGCGGAGAGGAUUCUGGGUCGAUGGACGUGUGCGAUUUUGGUCAUACCUUUCCUUUCAUUAAACAGUUAACUUUCUACAGAAAAGAAGCAUUUGAAGUGAAAGCGUUUUUAAAAGGGGAAAAUUUAGAUGUGUUGAUAGGACGGUUUGUCGUAAAGGGUGUGGCUCCAACCGUAGAAGGAGAAUCAUCAAAGAUCAAAGUGAAAAUUCGUAUGGAUAUUCACGGCAUCUUUUACGUAUCGAAGGCGCAAAUGAUUGAAAAUUUACCGCCUAACGAGGAAACUGACAAUGAACCAAUGGAAACUGCGCCGUCAGAACAAGAUAAAAAUGAAAGCAAUGGAGAGACGACCCUUCCUAAUGGCGAGACAAACGUAGCCCAGAAUGAAGAUGGACCUGUUGUGAAAGAGGAUGAGACUCAGCAACCCAUGGAUACUGAUCAGGGGUCAAAUAAAAAUGUUGAGCAAGACGGAACCACUAAUCAGGAGGAAUCUAUGUCUGAAGCUACGCCUGAAGUAAGUUCGGAAAAGGAAAACCAAGAGAAGAAAUCUGAACAAAAAAAAACACCCAAGAAGAAAAAACCAAACACAAAGACCGUUGAUCUGAAAAUUGAGCAUUUUGUGUCUUCUUUGUCGCAAGCUGAACUAAAUAAAGUAAUAGAACGUGAGAAUGAACUAAUAUCUCGUGAUCGACAAGAGAAAGACAGAGUUCAAGCUAUGAAUUCACUAGAAGAAUAUGUGUUGCAAACUCGAAAUAAAUUAUACGCUGAGUAUGAGAAAUUUAUCACGGAUGAGGAGAGAGAAUCAUUUACGAAGAAGUUAACUGACGCCGAAGAUUGGUUAUAUGAUGAAGGAGAAGAUCAAAUUAAGAGUGUUUUUAUGGAAAAGCUGGAGUCAUUGAAGAAAAUCGGUGAUCCUGUUGCUCUCCGUUACGAUGAAGCAAGAACAAGACCUCAAGCAUUAGAAUCUCUUGGUCAAGAAAUUCAACUGUGUCAAAAAUUAUUGGAUUUAUUUAAUCAAAAGGACGAGAAAUAUGAGCAUUUAGAGGAAGCCGAGGUUCAAAAAGUUGUCAAUGCUGUCAAGGAGAAAAGUGUAUGGCUGGAAGGAAUGUGGAAUAAAAUAAAUGGACAAGCCCUUUAUGAACCCCCAGUAGUUUUGACAACAUCUAUCCAAAAGGAAAAACAGAAAUUAGAAGAUAUCUAUAAACCCAUCUUUAAUAAACCAAAACCAAAACCUAAAGAAGAACCACCGAAAGAUGAAAAGAAGGACGACGAAAAUAAAAUGGAAAACACACAGACUGAUACAGCUAAGGAAGAAAUGAAAGAGAACAAAGAAACUACGCAAGAAACUGCGCAAGAAACUGAGCAAGAAACUAAGCAAGAACCUAAGCCGGCAAAUGACAUGGACGAUUGACUGAAAUGUUCAAGCAACAAUCUUAUGUUGAAAGCUUUGCGCACACCUUUUGCUGUUUUUGCAUAUAAAUUAAUUCGUUUUGCAGCUCGUUAUAAUUCUUGGCAAACUCUUCUUAUCCUGCUUUCUAAUAUUUGCGAAUUGCUUCAAGAAAAUGCUUUUGAAUUGGCUAAGGAAAAACUUAAUAAUAAAAUUGAUUGCAAUGUCA